AUCUAAGCAACAAUGUGGAUCGCCUGGCCUCCAGUUACAGAUGUGAUUCGACGAGCCUGCUCUGACGCAGUUGAGGUUUACACAACAAGCAACACGAGGAAGGGCUGGAGGAACAACGCCAUCCUCUUCAUCACCUGCUCCACUUUCAGCUUCCUCCUCAGCUCCCUCCUCCUCCUCUACCUCCUCUACGCUCUGGACUACAGACUAGCGGUGGCCGGCAGUAUUGCAGGCUCCUGCUGGGUCCUAGUGACUGCUUCACUCUGUCUGUCCAGGCUUGUGCGCUGCCUCUGGCUCCUGUUUGUGAUGUCCUGCGGCAUGAAGCAGGGCAGAAACCUGCUCAUCACAGCUGGAACCAGCCUGGUGGUCCUCAGAAACUUCCAGAACACUCUAGAUAACCUGGCAGGCCUGGUGAGGAGCCUGGUCUGCAGCCUACAGGCCAAGAGGCUGUUCCUCAACAUCUCUCCCCUGGACAACUACAUUAGAAUGCUAAAGUGGGUCGGUUCCAUAAUCAAAACGGGGUUCUCCUAUUUUUUUUUGUUGGAAUUUGAAUUUAAUUUAGAUGUGACAGGCAGUGUGGAAUCAGACAAGCUGAGGGAUAAACUGUUUCAGACGGAGAGGGCUUUAAACGAAACAGCAGAGAGUGCCCGAGCAGUUAUGGACACAGUGUUCUCUGUGGGUCAGAGGCUGUUUCCUGCCUUCAGUUUCAUCAUCCUCGCCGGCUUCACAGCUCUGCAUCUUCGGAGGUACCGUAAGAACACCAAUUAUGAAAACACAUUCAUCACCAGCAGAUUCCUGCAGUUUGAUGAGCAGCAGAAAGCCGAAGGGAAAUCUCAGGUUCUCCCCCUCACCACAGAAGAAGAAAAACGCUACAUCCAGAUCUCUAGCCCACAUCUGACGGCCCAGGAAAGAAAAGCCAUGCUGAAAUUCUGCAUUCCAGUGGUCAUUCAUGUUUUGGCCUGGGUGCUGGUCAUUGGGAUUGACACGCUUAUGUAUUAUUUUGUCAAGGUCAUUAAAACUCAUUUGGAGACAUUAGAGCCAUUGCACGUCCCUUUGAUUAUGAACAUCAAAGAGGAAACAUCUUUCAUCAGUUUUCCCAUCUCAGAGGACAGCAGAAGCAGAGAUUUCUCCUAUUCCCUGGCCCUCUUUGAGAAGGAGUGCCUCCCUGAGCCUAAGAUGCUGCUGUCCGGCUCCCUGGCCCCGUUGGCCCUGGUCCUGGCUGCCCUGGUCCUGAUGGGCCUGGCUGCCACCAGGCUCGUCCGUAUGAGGCUGCUGGUCUGCGAGCGCUUCUUCGCCGAACGGGCCGAGCAGAGGGCAAAGCACCUCCACGCCAAGGUCCUGAGGAGGAGGUCAAGGUGGAGGGAAGCGGAGACUGGACCAGGCAUCCUGAGGUCACUCAUCAGAAAGCCACACUUCUGGUGUCCACUACUCUUCAGACUACGGGAGGAUGUGGACUCUAUUGUACCAGAAAGUAGGGCUAACAAGUAGUUAAACAUCAUUAGUAUCAAAUAAACGAAAACAGUGGGAGCAUUUACCAGGUCGCAUAAAAUUAGGAGACAAUGUUUUCCAUUGAUUCCACAGACUUACGUCAGUAUGUUUGGUAACUGUGGUUCAGCUGUUUCCCAAGCAGGUGAAUAUCCCUGGGCAUAAUCGCUUCCUGCACAAGAAACCGAUUUAGUAUGUCAAGCUCGUUAAGACGGAAAGUGCGUACCAGACAGAGCUAGCCCAGCGGUUUCUAGGGUAUAUCUAAUGAUUGAGUCAGUGAUCACAUUUAGAGUCUUAAUGAAUGAGCAAUGUCUUGGGCUUUUCUUUAAAUGUCCCUGUACUGGAGAUAGAAACUGUUUACUUAUAUUUAUUAUGUCCUACCAGCAACAUUUGCACAUCUUGAGCUUUUAAGUUAGUUUGCUGUACUACCACUUUGAAAAUUAGAUGACUGCUGCUUUUGACCAAAGGAUAACUGCACAAACUUGAUUUGUCUUUGUUAGGAGAAAAGUCCAAGCAUUUUCCGAGUUUUCUGAUUAUAGUCAUGCUGAGGCCUGUAAGAAACUGACAUACUUGCUGAGGUUAUUUUUCAAAAGAAUAAUUCCAUAAGCAUGUAUUCAGCUCAUCUGGACCCAUGAGGUGAAUGUUAUGUCAUAACCAGUUAGUGUCAAUCACAGACGUCAUCGUCCUCCCUUUACAUGCUCCUGCCAGACAGGAAACAACUAAGGGUUCCUGACAGUGAAAUAUGGGCCUUCAAUAGUCUUCUCUGUAUGUGGGAAAGAUGAAUAACUGUGAUUAAAGACAAUGUUUUGUUUACCAGAUGCUGUAGCAUCAUAUUCUACAGUAACCCUGUGAGUUGUUUCCUCUGUGUUGUGUAAUGACUAUGGAACGAGACACAUUCGCACCAUAAACCUGAAGCCUUUGCCCACGUUGCACCAUGGCUGUGGAUUUCUUCCCGGUUGUGUCGGGGAGGAGCACAGAUGAGAGUAAAAGAAAAUAACAGAAGAGGUGAUAGGGAGGAUAGGACAGAGGAGAAGAGGAAGAAGGGGUAAAGUGACUGAGCUCAGAGAUGAGUGGGCAGUGUCUGACUCACCUUGUGCCACUGACCCGUGACAGCCUCCUGAUAAACUCACAUUAUGUCUGAGCGGCCUGGCGGCGCUAGCACGCCUGCCCAGUGUGGAGUGCCAUCGCCACAAACUGAUGUCAUGUGACACA